AGCCCCUGCUUUUUGGUAUCCCUAUGGAAGCAGCUGUUUAUAACUGAAAGUAGGAUCAUAUGGAGAAGUUGAGGAGGGGGAUGGCUCUUCAUAUUCAUGAAGCCUGCAUACUUCUGUUAUUAAUCUCUGGCUUGGUCACCCCUGCUGCUAUCAAUCAUGAAGACUACCCUGCUGAUGAAGGGGAUCAGACCUCAAGUAAUGACAAUCUGAUCUUUGAUGACUACCGAGGGAAAGGCUGUGUGGAUGACAGUGGCUUUGUAUACAAACUGGGAGAACGUUUUUUCCCAGGGCAUUCCAACUGUCCUUGUGUCUGUACUGAGGAUGGACCUGUUUGUGAUCAACCAGAAUGCCCCAAAAUUCACCCAAAAUGUACUAAAGUGGAACACAAUGGAUGCUGCCCGGAAUGCAAGGAAGUGAAAAACUUUUGUGAAUAUCAUGGAAAAAAUUACAAAAUCUUGGAGGAAUUUAAGCCCUCUCCAUGCGAAUGGUGUCGCUGUGAGCCCAGCAAUGAAGUUCACUGUGUUGUAGCAGACUGCGCAGUUCCUGAAUGUGUCAACCCAGUCUAUGAACCAGAACAGUGUUGUCCUGUCUGCAAAAAUGGUCCAAACUGCUUUGCAGGAACCACAAUAAUUCCGGCUGGCAUUGAAGUGAAAGUGGAUGAGUGUAACAUCUGUCACUGUCACAACGGGGACUGGUGGAAACCUGCUCAGUGUUCAAAACGUGAAUGCCAAGGCAAGCAGACUGCAUAGAGGCAAAAUCCCAACCAAUGACAAGUCCAUAAAAAAAUGUAAUGGCUUCUAUACUGCACAUGUUAAACCUCCUGCCAGCUGUAAAAGGGUCACCAGCAAAACCUUUUAGGGUUAACAAAAGUAAAUAUUUUACUAACAAGAAAGUUCUGUCUCUCAUUCUCUCUCUCUCUCUCAAUCUCUCUCUCUCCCUCUCUCAAUUUCUCGUUCUUUUGCUAUACAGAAUAUAUAUACAGUAUCUAAAUAACUAUUCUGCUUUUGUAAGCACCAGUGCUUGAUGAGGACUCAAAAACUGGUUUUUUGAAAGGAAAAUACUUAUACAAAUUCCUCCACUGGUGAUGCCUCCAACCUGCCAAUUAACUUACGGCUCUUUCAUCACUUCCUACAAUAUGAACUGCAUUUUUUUUUCUGCUGUGAUUUUUAGUAUUUUCCUAAAAUUUGCACAGCCAGAAUUGUCCAGGUAGUAAGAUUAGGAGAGAAACAAGAACAAAUCAUUUUGAAUGACUAAUGGUACUAAAAAAGACACUGAGGGAGGGAGGGAAGGAGGAAUUAAAUUAAAAGAAAAAGGAAACGGUAAUACAACUUGCUAGAUGCACAGAUACACAGUGAUUGGACACCCUAGGAGCAAUCUGUCUGUGUUAUGUUUUCUCCACUGAGUAGGGAUAAUCAAUAUGAAGAAUUCAACACAAUAUUCACAACUGAUACACUUAAAUCAUCAGUCAAGCCAACAAAAGAUACUAGCGUUGUUAAGUGGAUGGAUUUGGUUCCAUUGGUAUCAUGGGAAACACAAACAAAAUAAUUUUAAAUAUAACACAUAAUAGGUUCAGAAACUAAGAUAAAACAUGUGCAACAUUUGUUACCAACCAACAUUCAUCAGUCUCUUUAUUAUGGGCUGCCUGUAAUACACUUCUACAUUUAUACCUGGUGCAACUACUGGCUUACACCAAUGAUUAGUUUAUCCCUCUGUAAGUUCUGGUAGCAUAAACCCUGGAGCCAAGGUAAGUAGAUCCACAGUUAGUCUGAUCAGCAUUGGCUUCUGAGAUGAGUUGGCUUAAAUAUGCAGUUUCCCUGAAUUAUGUCUGAGUUUACCUUGUGACUGUGCCAUUAUAGCUCCUCAUCCUAUACAGUAUCAGUGCCAAGCACUGAUACCACUGAAGUCAAUGACAUUUCAAUUGAGUUCAGUGAGAUCAAGAUUUGCUCAACUGUUUCCACAACAAAGAUGGAAUUAAACAUAUCUCUCUAAUCAGCUGCCAGUGGAAUUUCCAGAGCUCUGUUUGUUGGUCAUUUCUUUAUGAUUUACAUCACUGGAAAAGGUGCAAGUUAAACAUGUUAAGAUCCAAGUAUAUAAUUAGUAAAACUGCCCUGGAAGACAGGCAAAAAAGUACCAGUGGAUGACUUGUGACAUCAUAGAGCAAGUUAAACCCAUGUCCCUAAUAACAUAAAGAUAUGAAUUGCUGCUUAGUGUAUUCUGCUGUCCUAUGUAUGGACAGUAGACAAGACAUUUUGCCACCCAAACCCCUACUAAGGAUCCCUUCACUUUUCACCCACCUCUCUUCAUCACCCCACCACAAGCCCUGCAACAUAAAACUCAUUCUGGUUAAGGAACUCAGGUACUCCAAAGAAAUGACCAUGAUGCUUGAUACCAUUCUAGAAGUAGAUGAUUGAUGUUGAAUAUGUGACAUCUACAUGCAAAUGUAUCAUGGGAGCCUUUCCAUUGACUUCAGUGGAAGCUGGAUAGGGCUUAGAGAAGUUUGGUGUACAACAUGUAGCACCACUGAACUAGGCUCAGUUAGAGUUUUCCCCAGAUUUAUAAGGGAGCUCUGCAUACAAGGUUAUAUUAUGACCUUAUGCCCGUGCUUGAGUAAUAACUUCCUUUAGGAAGCCAGCUGCUUCAACUGAAGCCAGUGGGAUCAUUUGUGGAACAAUAGGAUUUCAAUGUGUUCCACAGAUAUUCGAAUAGUUUGUCUUCCCUCUUCAGAACACCUAGUUCUAUCAAGAGAGAAUAGCUAUUCCUAAAAUUAAUAAUGUGAGGAUCUUGUCCUCAUGGUCCUUCAGUACAAUGUUUACCUUCCAGUGCAAAUAGCCUGACUGUCAUCAUCCUGCAGAACAAGAAGAGAACUUUCUGUAGAGCAUCAGCCUAUAGCUGUUGUGGCUAGUAAGUCAUGCUGCGCAACUGUGAAUCAGCUGUGAGCACCCCUGCAUGACUUAUUCAUAUCUACACAAAGUAGAGUCAUUCCAUUGUUUCCACUCAUGGAAAGAUAGAGAUGUGCUAUCUGGUAUCUGAUAGUAGCCAAGUGCUGCCUUCAGAAUUCACAGUCCUGGGAAUAAAAAAUAAAUGAUAAGGUUGGAUUCUGAUACGUAAAAGAAAACCUCUAGUGGAGUCAUGAUGCAUAGUGUCCUAUGAAUUAUUGAAGAGC